UUGUUCAAACAGAGGAAAAGAAAAAGAUGCUAAAAGCAUAAUAAUCUUGCCAUUGGUCUCUCCCUGAGCUUGUUAAACCCUAGCUGACCGCUCUCUCUUCGUUUCUCAGUUUCAAUAUGUCUGGAGAAGAAGAAGAAAAUGCUGCCGAGCUUAAAAUUGGAGAUGAAUUUCUGAAGGCAAAGUGUUUAAUGAACUGUGAAGUUGCUCUAAUUCUUGAACAUAAGUAUGAGCAGAUUCAGCAGAUGUCUGAAGAUCCCAUGAAUCAAGUUUCCCAAGUAUUUGAGAAGUCACUGCAGUAUGUGAAGCGCUUCAGCCGUUAUAAAAAUCCAGACGCUGUUAGGCAAGUUCGAGAAAUUCUUAGUAGGUACCAGUUGGCUGAAUUCGAGCUUUGUGUUCUCGGCAAUCUAUGUCCUGAAACUGUAGAGGAAGCUAUAGCUAUGGUACCUUCUAUAAAGACCAAGGGACGGGCCCAUGACGAUGAGGCUAUUGAGAAAAUGUUGACUGACUUAUCACUGAUCAAGAAAUUCGAGUAGGAGCCCUUGUAUACUGUGUCGAUGCUGUAUUCGUGUUUUUUUUUUUUGGGGGCGUAGAGCCAACUGUUAUUUCCUCGCUCUUGCAUGAUCCAUAUCUCAGUAUAUGAAGUGACUGAAUCUCAAGGAGAACAUUCCUUUACUUGUGUGUUUUUGCUUUGUACCAUAAGAAUGUUUGGGUGAACAUUUAUAAGUUGAUUAUGAUAUAUAUCCAUGAAGGCUGUUAAUUCUG